AUGAAGCGAUACAGGUCUGCAUCCCAUUUCUGGGACUCUGCUCUGAACAAGAUCUUCCCCAGGCGAGCAUCGCGAUCGCGAUCGGAUGAGCGCAACACGUUUCUGUCAUUCGAGUCCUCCACUACCAGCGAACAUACCGAUGGCUUUUACAUGUACUCCCAGGCUCUGUUAGAGCAAGAAAACAGACGCCGCGAGGCUUUACUCUACCGCCAAUCCGACAGCACAGAGGCUUCAUAUUCAUCCGCUCUCAUGGCGCCAAUUCCGCGCCCUGCCCUGCCCUAUACGAUUAGUUCUCCCGAGUGGAACAUAUUUUCUGAAGCUGUCAAGGCCCUCGAAGGUGCUAUUGAUGACGAUGCAUCCGACUGGCUCCACAGCGUGCUGUCCGUCUUUUCCAAAGUCUACACCGUCGCUAAGAUCAUCGUCACAAUACUCAGGUACUAUGGGAUCGAGGUAGAAGACAUCCCUGACAGUGUUCCGGCCCAUAUCAGACGUGCGGAGGAAAUUGUGACGUCCAACUCGAUUACUGAGCUUAUUGAGGCCGCUGAAAGUCUUUAUUAUUCCGUAUAUGCGAGGCUGAUAAUGGAGAUAGCGAACGUCGACUUGUCAACUUACUUCAACUUGGAACUCCGACGCACAUCCCGCAAGGAUGGGUUCACUCUCCCAGAGCCCGAUCAUUUGCUGAAGAUCCUCGCGCACUGCAAAGACACCCUCGAAGCGCCAACCGUUUGCAACCAUGUCAAUGUGAAUCUCAUCAGAGUUCACCAGGAUGAAUUCAUCCGCCGUGCCAUGGAGAGGGCGAUUGGCACAGAGUUCUUCCUCGACGAUCUCCUCGGAUACCGCCGUUAUACUAUGGGAAUUGUGAGCGACACCUCAUCCGAGUUCCGUUCCAAGUGGAACCACGACACCUUCCUUUAUCAAAUACCGCCGGAGGAGAUCCUCACAGUCCAGUCCGAGAAGUACCUUUCUUUUAUACCCAAACCGGAGGCUGUAUUGACAGUUACUGGUUCGGAUCUUCCAUUCGUUGACCGCGACAGUGUCGAUCCGGAACUUUGGGAGCGGGAGCUCGUCAAAGACCAUCGCCAGGCAGCUUUAGCCAAGAUGGAAGGCAAAGGCAUCGGAGACGUCAGGCGCGUGGACGAGCGACGUCUCCCGAGCGACUACAUGAAGGAGAGAAAAUGCAUCUGUCGCUCAUCGUGCAUCUGUUCCUGGGAAUGUACUUCGGACCCCGAACGUCCCUGUCCCUGCGCAGACCGUAUGAUGCAGAUAAUGCUUGCGAAACAUCGCAAGGCCCCGGGAACACGCGACUUCGCUACCCGAUGCAGCAAUCUUGCAAAGGCGAUCUUCGAAUGCGCUUCAUUAAUUAAACGAGACAUUGAUGAUAUCGAGAUCGCGUUGGAGCUGGACCGGGCGUUUCUUCUAGUGGACAGUGAGAUCGAAGCCCAGCGCCGAACGCCCCGCAAGGCUAACGGGGUGAAGUCCUCGAGUCAGGAUCGAAGCUCUGAUAUGGGAUGA